AUGAAUUUAGCAAGUCUACAGCCUGGAAUUUCCAUUGUCAUCUGGACAGUUGGCCAAAAAGGAAGAAAAGCUCGUGUCGGUUGCACACUGGUCUGGUACACAGUGGACGUUGCGGCCCCCAGGCUGGCAUCUUCGAAACGGAAACAUGCGAUGCACAUCUUCCUUGGAGCCUCCGGACUCCUAUUGGCAAACGCAGAUGAACCCGGCAAAUAUUACAACAAGCACCGCGGAACCUCCCCUUGUCAGCACUGCUGGAGCGGUAAUCGCCAGCAUGCUCCUAAUUAUCCUGUGCAUACACCAACCGGAGUGGUGCCUGCUCUCAAAACGACAUUUGGAAACAUAGGCAACAACAGGCUUGAUGUUCGCAGUGAGCCAACGGCUAAGCACCUGUCAACCAGCGAAGACCAGCCUGUACAGUAG